AUGGCCACAGCUACGCGACAGCCAGACCUAUUUCCACCGACCCCCAACCACCGAGCGCCCAGAGCCGCACCGCUGCCGACCGCCAGCUCGUACGGAGUACCCGUACGAUCAUCCGGAGCAGCUCCAAUCCAAAGGCACAGGAAACCAGUCGCUAGCGUACGAGUACCGCCGUAUGCCCUCAUCGAGGCAGCAAGGAAAACGGAGCCCCGCCCGCAGCCGGCCCAACCGGCCUGCCGCACCAACGGGCGGAAGAGCACACCGGUCGUCGGAAUACGAGUGCAGCGAUCCUCUGCUGUCAACGCGAGGAAGCUGGCGGCACUCUUGACUGACCCUAUCUCGGCCACGCCAACCGACGACCCCAUCGGCAGGAAGGUGGAGUACCCCGCGGACACCGCGCCGAAAGACCAUGGCCGGCCGAAGAAACCGGUACCACCUCCACAUCACCCGACAGCACGACAAAAAGCUAGGGCAACCCUACUGGCCGUGUUCGGCGGGACCCUCUCCAAUCUAAAGGAGGAAGACCACGCACCCGCCACCGACUCCAUAACCACGCAAUUAGCCAGUGCAACGAGACCUGCGAUCACCGAACAAGUGACUUCACCAUCCGCCCCGUCAAUCCAGCCAGCCGCCGCUGUCGACACAAACAAGGGAGCAUCACAAACACCCGCCGCUACCGAGACAGCCGAAGAAGCAUCACAAACACCAGCCGCUCCAAAGGACACACCAACACCCAUAGUCCGUACUCCCGUGACCACCGCACAGCGAUACCUUCCGUCCGUACCGGUGCGCGUUAGUGACGACCUAGUUAUACACGUGCCGUACCACGCCGCAAGAGUGUCGCGAGUCUAUAAAGUGCGGUUGGCGACACGCCACUACACGCUGCGCUUCGAUCGCACCGGUCGUUGCAACUACGUGCGGGAAUUCCCGGUGUAG